AUGAGUAAAAACAACUAUGUUUUCCUCGCUUUCGAGUUCUCGUCGCUGAAACUCGCUCCAUUCACCGGUUCGCGCCAACCGAUUCUCGGGUGCCUGAGGAAAGGCCGGGUGGACGCCAGCUGCUGUGUCGACAGUAUGUACAACAAGGCGUGCGAGUUUCAGGAAAACGUCAUCACCGGAGUAGUCUGCUGUAGAAAUGAUCUCGACCUCGCUGGAAAUGGCGCUUUGAGCACCGCGUCGUCGAAUGCCUUUGGUCGCUGUCUGCGAUUUGCCAUGUGCUCCAUAAGUCACCCUGAGCCUCACCGAGUGAUGUGUCGUUCAUCGAGCAGGACGAAUUUGAUCCCGCUGUUCGUCGCCCUGUUGGACUCGAUCCAUAUCCACCUCCUGUUGGUCUUCUUGUCGAACUAG